UGAGGCACGGCGGGAGUGGGUCAGUCCACCGCUGCUGACUCUUACAGGCGGUUCCUCAGUUCUCAGCAGAGGAUCCUCUCUCUGCCUCUUCCAGUCAGUCAGACCCACGCAGAGGAGGGAUGCGUUAAACAGGAACAAAGGUGGAUGAUAGUAGAAAUGAGCGGGCGCGUGCUGAAUGGGAAAACGCUGCAGCUCCCGGCUUCGCGGCUGCAGCGCGCCGGGAGGAGGACAAUGCACUAUCUGUCAAGCUGGGAUGAGAGCAGCUCCAUCAGCAGCGGACUGAGUGACGGUUCAGACAACCUGAGCUCCGAGGAGUUCAACACCAGUCCCACUCUCAACUCCCUCCCCACAACUCCUAUUGGCUCUCGCAGAAACUCAACCAUCGUGAUGCGCACCGAUGCAGAGAAGAGAUCUCUAGUGGAGAGCGGUCUGUCCUGGGAUUCUGACGAUAACAAACCAGGUCGCAAGAGUCAAAGCUGCAGCUCCUACGACACAGGAAGUCUGAAGUCCGAAUCUGCCAAUAGAUGGAAAGGAGGGAAGGGUGAGCUGAAGAAACCACAGACUCUGGGUCAGGGGAAUGGGUUGAAGAAAGGAAGAAACCCACCUGUGGGAGUCACAUCUCCGAUCACACACACCUCUCAGAGCGGGCUGAAAGUGGCUGGUCCAGUGAAGUCAGAUGUGAAGCCCAUAGAUAAGUCCCGGUUAGUGGUGAAGAAUUCUGGACUUCAGCGCUCCUCCUCUGAUGCUGGUAAAGACAGUCGAAAAGGCACUGGACCUGGAGAGCAGCGUAAACCUCCAUCUGGACUGGUCAGACCUUCAGCUGGUGGAAACUUUGGCUUCAAGAAGCCUCCCACAAUUACCAGCACAGGUGCAAACUUUUCCAUUACUCCCAGUGCUGCAAGUACAGGCAUCAGCUCCAUACCCAGCAGCUCAGCAUCCGUGGGAAAGAUCCCUAAAACAUCUGGUAUUCCUGUCAAGCCAAAUGCAGGUGCAGGAGGACGUAAGACAAGCUUAGAUGUUUCAAACGGUGACCAAAGUGGGUUCCUGUCUCCAAAUGCUAGGACAUCUCUCCAGUACCGCUCUCUGCCUCGCCCAGCAAAGACGAGCACUCUGACUCUAACGCGGCCAAGCUCAGCUCGUCCAGUGAGCACUACCAUGGACAUAGGAUCAGGGCUAACUAAACCCUCCAACAUAGCAACACAGGGUUCAAGGAUUAAGGAGCCCACUUCAGGACUUAAUUCUGGUAAGCCAGGAGGACGUGGGAUCCCAAGUCCCACACCUGUCAAUCAAACAGACAGAGAGAAGGAGAAAGAAAGAGCCAAGGCUAAAGCUGUAGUCUCGGACUCAGAGUGUGGUGGUGGAUCUUUGAAGGGGAGUCCUGCUCAGACCCCCUCAGAAAAUGGAGGAAAGUUGCAUGGGUUAAGACCACCCAAGAGUAUGGAUCUGACCUCACCUGGCAUGCAAAGGUUGUCUGGAGUCCGCAGCCUGGCAAAGCCUCCAUCCUUGGCCCAACUAGACAAGUUGAACUCCAACAGCCUGGAGGUUGAAGUUCAGGAUGGCCUUCCUCCAAAGAUCCCUCCCUACUCCAAGCUCCAAGAACUUUGUAGCUCAAACUCACACAGCUCCUGCCUGGCCCCAAGUCCUGCACCUUUACUCAAUGUGAACUCCUCAGCCUGCUUUUCUAGCUCUGGAAUCGGACUGGGACCUAGGCAAGUCACGUCCCUUGGGGUCGAAAAGAGCGAAGGGAGCACCUCUCCCCUUCUCUACCCUCGCGUGUCUGGGCUGCAUCGCAGCAUGGAGUCUCUGCAGUUACAGAUGAGUCUGGCACCUGAAUCUCAAGGAAAAGACAAGGACAUGGGGAUGGAGACUUUGGUCAGAAGCUACACAACUUUAGAGCCCCAAGACAAAGAUGCACAAGAGGACAGACGCCUUCCAUCAGGGUUGAGCUCUUCAAGUAAAGUUUCACUGAGUCUCACAGACAGUUCUCGGAGAGACAGAAACACACUACCAAAGAAAGGUUUAAGUUUCAAUGGUGCUUCUCAAACAGAGAAAGAAGAGAAGGAGAAAGAAGAGAGGAGACUCUCGCAUACGGUUGUCAGCAUGACCGACUCACUCACCCUUCCUCUGCUGUCCUCACCAACCUCCCUGCCUCGCACCUCUAAAACUGCAAUGGUCCCCAGCCCUGUAGGCGGACCUCCCAGGAUGAUUCGGUCCAACAGCAUCCCAACACACGAUGCCUCCAUGGAGCUGUACGGUGCAUCGCCGCUGGGCAGCACUUUAUCACUGGCUGAGCGUCCACGCAGCAUAGGAAUGGUUCGGUCUGGAUCCUUUAGGGACAGAGAGCCCAACGAUGAAGUUCAUGGGUCUGUACUCUCCCUGGCAUCAAAUGCCUCAUCAAGCUACUCUUCGGCUGAGGAAAGGAUUCAGGGGGAGCAAAUUCGCAUGUUGAGGAGGGAGCUGGAAUCCUCGCAGGAGAAGGUGUCCAAUCUGACAACGCAGUUGACAGCUAAUUCAAAUCUGGUUGCUGCCUUUGAGCAAAGUUUGGCGCUGAUGACGGCUCGGUUGCAGAGUUUGUCAGUGAGCCAUGAGCAGAAGGACUCGGAGCUGACUGAUCUGCGGGAGACGAUCGACGCUCUGAAGUCCAGGAAUGAAGAGGCCCAGGCUGUCAUCCAGGGAGCCUUAAACACUCCAGACAACUCUAAAGACCUGCAUAUGCGACGUCAGAACUCAUGUGAGAGCAUCUCCAGUCUCAACAGCCUGACCAGUAUGUCAAGUGUGGGAAGCCUGAAGGAUCAAGAUGCCAAGAAGAAGAAGAAGAAGAGUUGGCUGAGGAGCUCCUUCAACAAGGCUUUCAGCAUUAAAAAAGGCACCAAAACCUACUCAGACAUUGAGGAAAUCGCCACCCCAGACUCCUCAGCUCCCAACUCACCAAAGAUGACUCAUGAAGGAGGAGAAGCGGGAGAAAGCCAGCUCCCAUCCCUCAAAAUGUCAGGAUCUGCUACCUCCUUAGGGAUCAUGGAGACGACAGAGGAGGGAGACAGUGGUGAAGCGGCGGUGUCAGAGUUACGUUCAGAGCUCUGGGAGAAAGAGAGGGCGCUGACAGAUAUCCGAUUAGAGGCCUUAAGUUCUGCCCAUCAGCUGGAGCAGCUCAGAGAAGCCAUGCACAACAUGCAGUCAACGGUGGAGAACCUCAAGGCAGAAAAUGACCACUUGAAAACAGGAAGUCAGCUGCAUACCUCGGGCUCUGGUCCCACCUUGUCCACGUCGCAGCCUUCGGGUCUGGCCUCUCUUCUGGGGCCCUCACUGAAGCAGCCGAUGAGCAUGUCCCUCACCAAGUCGUUUAGCCUCAGUCUGAAUGAUUGUAAAGAUUCAGAAGCGUCUUCUAGUGACUUGCUAAACGUUGCUCAGCGUGAGGAAGUGUGUGCAAAAGUACUGGUCCGUAUGAAAGAUCAAACAGAGGAUAGUAAACGGCAACAGGACUUCUACCUGGGCACAGUGUUGGUCAGCCUGAGGACUGACUGGACCUCUCUUGACUCGCUCGUAGCUAAGACCUUUAAAGACUACUUGAGUCACGUGGACCCAGCAGCCAGCCUGGGUCUGACCUGUGAGUCCUUGCAGAUGUACCAGCUGGGCCACGGAGGGCAGAGGGUGAUAGGAGGGGACAAACCUCAAUCCUCACCAUAUCGGUGUUUCGUCAAUGGUGCUGCUCAGAUUUUUGUCACCUUAAAAGGUCUCAGAGAAAACAGUGUUGACUCACUGGUGUUUGAGACUCUAGUUCCCAAGCCCAUGAUGCUGCAUUACAUCAGCCUGUUGAUGAAGCACAGACGGCUGGUCCUGUCUGGGCCCAGUGGGACUGGGAAGACAUAUCUAGCCCAGCAUCUGGCCCACUACCUGCUGCAGCGCAGCCGGAUUGACUCAUCAGACGCUGACCACGAUUUAUGUGUUCUGGGUCACAGCGCCGUGGUCACCUUCAACCUGCACCGCCAGUCACAGAAGGACUUGCAGUUGUAUUUGUCAAACCUAGCCAAUCAGAUUGACAGGGAGAGCGGAGGAGAGCUGCCGUCGGUUGUUAUCAUAGAUGAUAUCAGUGACUCAGCGGCCACCACUGAACUUGUAAACGGUGCGCUCACCUGCAAGUACCACAAAUGUCCCUACAUUAUUGGAACAACCAAUCAGCCUGUGAAGAUGAUAUCUAAUCACGGGCUGCACCUCAGCUUCAGGAUGGUCACGUUCUCUAACAACGUGGAACCAGCCAAUGGGUUCCUGCUAAGGUACCUGCACCGGAAAGCCGCAGAGGCUUACCAUGAAGAGGGGCACUUCUCAGCUCACCACCAGGAGCUUCUCCACGUUCUCGACUGGAUCCCUCAGCUUUGGUACCACCUGCACACCUUCCUGGAGAAGCACAGCACCUCAGACUUCCUCAUAGGCCCCUGCUUCUUUCUGUCAUGCCCCGUGUCAGUGGAAGAGUUCCGGCAGUGGUUCAUUGACCUGUGGAACCACUCCAUCAUACCAUACCUGCAGGAAGGAGCCAGAGACGGCAUCAAGGUACACGGUCAUAAAGCAGUGUGGGAGGACCCAGUGGAGUGGGUGAGAGGCACUCUCCCCUGGCCCAAUGCACAACAGGACCAGUCCAGGCUCUUCCACCUACCUCCUCCUAGCGUAGGGCUGCCCACCGAGGAGAAAAAGUCGCCCAAAGAUUCACCUCCGCCCAGCUCUUUGGAGUCAGACCCGCUGAUGGCCAUGCUGCUGAAACUCCAAGAGUCGGCCAACUACAUCGAGUCUCCAGAGCGGGAAGGCUGUCUGGAUCCCACUCUACAGACUACUCUCUGAGCUAACAGCCCGCAGCAACUUAAAAUGACCAACUUUGUAUUAUUGCAGAUACAUGCUUAAUCCCAGUGAGUGUUCAGAGGACUCUGUUGUGAACUUUACUCGGUGCCCAGUGAUCAAAUACAGCAGUAAAAAGGGACUGAGUUUAGCUUGUGUUCAGAACAUUGGAAAGACGAUAAAACUGCUUUCAUGUGAAGCUGUGAGGAUCACUUUGGGGAAAGACGCAGACUUGGAGGUGAUCUUUCCUUGUGCCUCAGUUUGUCCCAGAUGGGUUUUUGUUUAAUCUGCAAGUGCAUGGUGACUGGAAUACUAUGAUGCAAAAUAUUACCUGUAACGUUGUUUAUUAGGAUCCAUUUGCUCCCUUUUAUUUUGGUUCAGCCGCAGCAAACGCUUCAACUGCAGGCGCUCACAGGUUUUCUUUGAAGGUGCACACUUCUCUUCGGUAGUUAAAGAACCUGUGUCUGGCUGCCCCCAACAAGUAGAGCUGUCACUUGUCAACAGUCCAAAUGCACUUUAUUUUCUAUAUGUGAAAAUUGGAUUUUAAAGGGCUGUGUCAGUGAAAGUGUCAAAGAAAGGGGGUGCCAGUUGGGCCCAAAAAGUUGCAGUUUUUGAGUAAAUCCGGUGGAGAGCAGCAGCAAUACUGUCUUAGUGUUGUUGUUUUUUUGUUUUUUGUUUGGUUGGUUGGUUUUUUUUGGGGGGGGGAAGGGGGGUUAAUGGUGCUUAGAUUUGACACAC